AUGUACAUAGAGUUGCAACUCUUUCACUUGCCCGAUCCUCAUGCAAAUCUUACGCAAAAUGUUGAUACAGAGUUCCAACUUCACUUUGGUGUGCUUGUUCAGAAGGAUGCACGUCUCCUACGUGAUUUACGAAUAAUGGCUUAUUUCAAACAGUGCUUUUCUAGUGAUUCAAAUAUUUCUACAAUCAAGGAACUUGCACAUGCCUUGGCCUCUCACUGUCCUUAUGAAGUUCCAAUUGCAAGCAUAAAGAUUCGACAUCUUCAUUGUGAGGUCCCAAGCUCUGAAAUAUUCUUCAGUUUGAAUGCUACCAUUGUUGGCUUAGCCGUUGAUUCUGAAGGACCUGAAAAUUUACCUUCGUGUCUUGGUCUUGGGAUUGUGAGGGGAAUUGACAUAGUCAAAGCUAUGCUUUAUGUCAUUACUCCCGUGCCACAUAAUUCUCUCGAAAAAGUCAACGUGUUGCUACAGGGUUAUAUCCAAAUUCCAUCUUGUUUAUUGCAGGAGCAAAAUGCUGCCUGUGAGAGGCAAACAAAGACUAAGUUAGAUUAG